AUGUAUGCUGACAAAAAACAAUCCUUUUCAAAUGAUUUCUUGUUGCAGAAUCUGGUUCGCCGCAUCGAUGGGCAUGAUCAUGUUCAGGGGAAGGCAGUCUGGAUUGGUGCAGUGUAUCCAAAUUUCAAAGAAGAAAGUCUAUGGGACAGAUAUGUCACUGCAAUAUACUGGUCCAUUGUGACUCUUACUACCACUGGCUAUGGGGACUUACACGCUGAGAACACGAGAGAGAUGCUGUUUGAUAUAGCUUACAUGCUGUUCAACUUGGGUUUAACAUCAUACAUCAUUGGAAACAUGACUAACCUUGUAGUGCACUGGACCAGCCGUACCAGAAAUUUUAGAGACACAGUCAAAGCAGCUUCUGAAUUUGCUUCAAGAAAUCACUUGCCCCAUCGCAUACAGGAUCAAAUGUUGUCACAUAUAUGUUUGAGGUUUAAAACAGAAGGACUAAAGCAGCAAGAAACAUUAAAUGAUCUUCCAAAGGCAAUUCGUUCAAGCAUAGCACACCAUCUGUUUUUUCCUUUCGUGCAAAAGGUCUACCUCUUCCAAGGAGUCUCUCAUGAUUUCCUUUUCCAGAUGGUUUCAGUUAUGGUAGCCGAGUAUUUCCCACCCAAGGAAGAUGUGAUACUGCAGAAUGAGUCUUCAACAGAACUUUAUGUGUGGUUUCAGGGGCAGUGGUGAGUUAGCUAACCCAUGAACGAUCUAGUAACCCAUAAAUAAAUCUAGAAGAAUGUAUGCUGACAAAAAACAACCCUUUUCAAAUAAUUUCUU